AAUAUAAAAGCAGAAGCUUGAACUUUUCUACCAUCAGUUAUUUUUGUAACAUACAAAUUCACAAUGAAGUUCCUGGUACUUUUUGCCUUAGUACUUUACUGCUCUUCGGAAGUUUUAGGUAAAAAUGAUAAACCACAAUGUGAAGGUAUACAAUGUGGUAUACCAAUCUGCCAUUUUAGAGAUAUAUUGAAGAUUCCCUUAGAUGACGAUACUGCUUGUUGUCCCUAUUGCGAACGUAAACCACGAUGUACCGGUCUCCAAUGCAGUAUUCCACGCUGCAUAGCAGGCACAGUUAUAACACUUGUGUCUGGAGAUUGCUGUCCUUCCUGCCAACCAGCCCGCUAACUCAUAAUAAAUUAAGGAAAUAUUGUAUCGAUCAGAAACAAUGACUUACAGCAAAUGAAAAUAAACUAAUGAAUUAUGACAAAACUCAA